AUUUUUAAUACAGAGAUAUGGGAAGGAAGAAGAAGAAUACUAACAUUUCAUAUCCCUAUAAUAAAUUUAGCCAACCAAAAAAAAAAAAAACCAGAUAGAAAAAUGUAAGCAACAGUCUGCAAAAGGACACGCAAAAGAGAAUAAAGAGAAGGGAAGGGAGAAAGAACCAUUCCUCUUUCUCCUUCUCCUUCUCCUUCUCCUUCUCACAUACCCUCUUUCAGACACAGUUGUCUUGCUCUCCAUUCCUUCUUGAUCCUCAAAAACCCUAACAACAAAGUAAAAUAAAGCACUUUCCAGUUUCCUUCUUUACCCUUUUUGCCAUUCCCCAUGUUCUCUCUUUUUCCUAUGUUGUUUUGCAGUUUCAUUUAUAGUUAACCAGAUUUGUUCUUAGUUCAUUUCAGAGGAAGGUACCUGAAAGAGAGUCUUCAUUCUGAAAAAGACUCUUCUUUUUUUUUUUCUUCUUCUUCUACUUCUUCUCAAGCAGCUCCAAACAAUGUUUGCUACUACUGGAGUUCUCUUCUUCAUCUGGUUUCUGAGCUGCACUCUGCUUCCUCUUACCAUGGCAACUUUCAACUUCAAUCUCACUGUGCCAAAUCUUCUACCAGAUCCUGAGACUGUUGCUUAUCAAGUUCAAAGGAGUGUGAAUGAUUCCUUUUUCAGAAGACAAAUGUUGUCCAUUCAUUCAAAAGGACAAUCCAAUUCCUGUCAAACUGCAAACCCUAUCGACGAUUGUUGGCGUUGUGACUCAAACUGGCAAGCUAAUCGCCAACGACUCGCCGAUUGCGGCAUUGGAUUCGGCCGAGAUGCCAUGGGAGGGAAAGGAGGUCAGAUCUACGUAGUUACAGAUUCCUCCGAUCCCGACCCUGUAAACCCUCGACCUGGAACUCUCCGUUACGCCGUGGUUCAAGAUGAACCUCUUUGGAUCGUCUUUGCUGCAGAUAUGACAAUCAAACUCAAAUACGAACUCAUGAUGAACAGUUACAAAACCCUAGAUGGCCGAGGCGCCAAUGUCCACAUUACCGGCGGCGGUUGCAUCACACUCCAAUACAUCUCGAAUGUAAUCAUCCACAACAUCAACAUCCACCACUGUGUCCCUACCGGUCACACCAACAUCCGAUCGUCCCCUACGCAUGUCGGAUACAGAGGAAAGUCCGACGGCGAUGGAAUAUCGAUCUUUAGCUCACGCAACAUCUGGAUCGACCAUUGUUCUCUCUCGUACUGUACCGAUGGCUUAAUCGACGCCAUAAUGGGAUCGACGGGAAUCACGAUCUCGAACAACUACUUCUCCCACCACGAUGAGGUGAUGUUGUUAGGGCACGACGAUGGGUUCACGCCGGAUUCAGGGAUGCAGGUGACAAUAGCUUUUAAUUUGUUCGGGGAGAAGCUGGUUCAGAGAAUGCCGCGGUGCCGACGGGGAUACAUUCACGUUGUAAACAACGAUUUCCAAUCGUGGGAGAUGUACGCCAUCGGCGGGAGUGGUAAUCCGACGAUCAACAGCCAAGGGAAUCGGUAUAUUGCUCCAGGAAAUCCCAAUGCGAAGGAGGUGACGAAGCGCGUGGACACGAACGCGGGAGAUUGGUCGGAGUGGAACUGGAGGACGGAGGGGGACAUAAUGGUAAACGGAGCGUUUUUUGUGCCUUCCGGCGAAGGACUCAGCAAUAUGUACGUUAAAGCUUCCAGUUUGCCGCCCAAAUCCGCCGCUCUUGUCGACCAGCUCACUCUCAACGCCGGCGUCUUCGGUGGCUCCAGGGAGAACAGACAGAGCACCUCGUACCCUGGAGACGAAGCCUCCUCCAGCAGCUCAGGAUCCAGUGGCAGCGAUGGUGGUGGUGACUACUUUGGGAUGAUAUUCGGCGGGGGUGGGAUAAACAAUGCACCACCGCCAUCUCUUUCAGCUGUUAACAUGAUCAUUCUAACCCUAUUUACUGUCUACGAUGCCUUAUUAUUAACAUUGUCAUUGUAGUAAUUGAAGAAUUUCAUUGAAAAAGAAAAGAUAAUAUAAAACAAAAAAGAACAAACAUCCAUCUUUUCCAGAUCUCUUUUCCC